UAUCCACCUGCUCACCUGUGCUGCUGAUCUUCAGAAGUUUCUCUGUCAGUUUGUUGAUCUUCAGUCCAACAUGAACACAGAUCAACCAGGGAAGAAUGAGGGAGACCUGCAGUCAGAUGAGGAGGACGACAACCACAUGAAGUUACUAGUGAUGCUUCGUGAAUUACUUGACCUCGAACUCAAACUGAUGAAACUAAAACUGAAGAAGAUUGGCAGUCAGAGUUUGGUGAAGGAAGCAGAAUCAAAGUGCAGCAAUCCAACAGUCCUGAAGUGGCUCAGAGACAACUCACAGUCUGAUGACUUCACCAAUCUUGAGGAGAUGUUUGAUUUCCUGAAAGAAAAGAUUAAAGAGGAGGAGAAAAAUGACCACAGCAACACCGUGGACAUUAUAUUUGUGGCUCAUGGAGCCAUAGAAGAUGUGAUGAUUCCAGCCUGCUGUCUGUUACCUUUGCCCUCCAUCACCGAUGUGGUCCUCUACUCCCCCUGGAACUGUGCCACCUCUGCCGAUCUGUCGUACGCCCUGGCCACAGGAAGACUCAGACCUCACCACAGAGUUUUUGUCUCUAGAACAGACGGUAACUGUAAAACUCCUGACAAGCUCCCCAACAGCUGGAACUCCAUGAAGGAGGCUGGAGAACAGAAGAUCCCCAACAUCACAGUCAGUCCCCUGAGGUCUGAUGACGGAGUGUGGAAACGAUACCAAAGCCUGCAGGAAAAACACGGAAAACCAGGAAGAAACCGCAUCGUGAUUCCCUUCAUCUUCCCAGAGAGCAUUGGAAGCGUCCCGUUCUCUGUGGUCAGCCUCGCUCUGUCUCUGGUGCUGGACUCCUCCAGAUUCACAGCCACCGUCCACUUAGAUUGCUGCCUUCGUGAUCAUUCCAGGGGUCAGAAGUUCGAUCCAGAGUACCUGAGGAGUCAGUAUGCCUACAGUGACGACAACACGACCAUGACAGUUUCAGCCAACGCCUACACUGAAUCCCUGGUGGGACGUUUGUUUAACCGUUUGCUUGGUUUAUAGUUUCACAUCCCUGAACUGUCUGUGGACUGUAAGAGAUGUUUAUAUUCCACUGAAUAUUUUACUUGUUCAUUUGUUGGUUGAUUUGUAAUUUUUGUGUUACACAAAAUCUUUUUAAUUUCUUGAAAAUUGAAAUGUGAAACAGUUGUCGUGAGCUUCGGACUUUAGGUUUAGUUUAUCAAGAACAGGUCUGCACUUUAAUUUGAUGCACUUCAUAAAUACAGUGUCUCUGAUAAUGUGAAAGUUAUGUUUGAAGUGAAGAUGCAAAACUUACUUUUUAUAACGUUCUGAAAAUUGUUGUGAUUCUUCUCCGUGCAGACGGUGGAAAUACUUCUCCUGCACGUGCACACCACGGUCGUAGUAAAUAGUCCUUCUCCACAUCCCGACAUGAAACAAAAACACAAGAACAUUGCAUUCUUACUUGAAAUAUUGAGGCGUAGACGUGGACUAAGUGUCCUAAUAUGUUGUUUGCAUAUCUGAGUUCGUGUUGUGUGUUGGUGUCAUGAAUUCUUUUCAUUUUAUUGUUCGGUGAUGUUGCUGUUGAGAGAGAAUCAAUGAAAACGGUAAAUACAGAUGUUCAGAGAGGAUCUUCUUGUCUGAUUUCUAAUGAAGUGUGAAGGAACUUUCAGUUUUCGUUGAUUUUGGCGGCGCCACUGGACAAAAGCGGUAGUGUUUUGCCUGAACAAAUACUACAGUUCC